CCCCCGCCAUGGCGUGGGUCACCGACGCCUACGCCGGCGACGCCGAGGCGAUCACCCACGCGCUCCGCGUCUCCCUCUCCUCUGAUUCCUCCCCUCCCCCUGCGGCCACCCUCCGGCGGAACCCCCGCGCGCCGACCUCCGGGAAAAUCUUCAAGCCCAAGCGGAAGCCGCGCGGAGGCGCCGUGGCGAACCGGUCUCCGAUCACCUACAUCAGCGCCGACCCCGCAAACUUCCGGGAGAUGGUGCAGCAGGCUACCGGCGUGGCGGGGCUCGAGCCAUCAGACUCGCCGCCGUCGCCGCCGCCCAUGGCGGCGCCGCAGCAGAUACGCCUGCCAACCCUCGACACGUCGGCGCUGUUCCUGGACCAAAUCGCUGGACGGCAGCCGGUGACGGACUUCGUCCCGCUGCCGACGAUUUUCCCAUCGCUCGAGGACGUUAUGUGAUACGUAACGGCUUGUAUAAUAAAACAGAUUACGGCUGUUUCAUUAGGGCACCUUUCCAAGGCGUCCGAUGGGGAUCGGACGUGUUAAAUCCGUCUUCUUCCUUUAUCACGUGUUUUUUUUUCUCGUUCCGUUAUCAUGGUAUGUAACAGUUUCUCUUUGCUUUA